AUGGGUCGUGGAGUUAGCAGCGGCGGUGGGGAGAGUUCUCUUGGUUACCUUUUUGGAGGAGGAGAGGCUCCACGAGCUCCAGCUCCAGCUCCAAAAACCGCUACAAAUAAUGGGGAAACUCCUUUGCAAAACCAGGCCCCAGUGAGAAGCAAUGCAGCACCAGAGAAGCCUUCUAUUGUUGCACCACCUGCUGAUGCUAAUAAACAAAUUCCUGCUGGGAUUCAGGGAAGCCAAAAGAAUAACUAUUUCCGAGCUGAUGGCCAGAACACUGGAAACUUCCUUACGGAUCGACCAUCUACUAAAGUCCAGGCUGCUCCUGGUGGUGGAUCUUCCCUGGGGUACCUUUUUGGAGGCGGUAGCAACUAA